AUGACCGACAGCAAUGCGGGAUGGGAGCCAGAACCCAAGUCCGCCCCCAUAGAAGUCAGUGAGGACAGCUCAGAGCCAGGUUUCUCAACAGUGCCGUUGAUUGUGGGGCCGGGAGGACGCUGUAUACGUGGGUGUGGAGUGGAGGGGAAGGGAGAUGCAUUAAGAUUAUCAACAGAGGAACAAAGGAAACUUCAGCAUCAGAAGAUGCAUGCACAGCACCAUGGCCACGAAUCUAUGCGUAUGGAGAUGGUUCUUAUUCUCAUUGCAACCUUGGUAGUGGCACAGAUUGUACUGGUUAAAUGGAAGCAGAGGCACUGCAGGUCAUACAAUCUGGUAACCCUCCUGCAGAUGUGGGUUGUUCCUUUGUAUUUCACCAUCAAACUUUACUGGUGGCGAUUUCUGUCAAUGUGGGGAACACUCUCAGUUAGUACCAGUUACAUCAUCGUCAGAGCUACCCGCAAACCUCUCUCAGGCAGAACACCAUGGUUGGUCUACAAGUGGUUUCUUCUUAUCUAUAAACUGAGCUAUGCAAUUGGAAUUGUGGGUUAUUUAGCUAUAAUGUUAACCGUGUUUGGAUUUAAUUUAUUCUUUCAGUAGGUAUCUUCAGGUAAUCUUCAGC